AUGUUGCGAUGUUGCAAGCCGGCGUCAGCACCAGAAGUACUAGACGAGCUCUAUAAGGUGAAGACACGCAUCAUGGACACUACAAUGGAAGACAUUGCUAAUUUUUCUGAUAUUCUCGGUUACUAUUAUUGUUCAGGUUGUAGAGGUACGUUUGUUGGCGAGGAUUUUGUAAGAGAAGGCGACACAUGGCUUUCUAAUUUAGAUCAACCCUGUGGGUGGACCAAGCAACGCCUUAACAUGGCCAUGGCUUACGGCGACUGGAGCUUCGCUACGAAAGACAUCAAAUACGGAUCUCCCAUUAUCCAAAACUUAGUACCGGAAACUAUAGACUCGGGGACUUUUUAUAACAAUGACGUGACAGAUGCAAUGAAGACUAUUACACGAAGUGAGACCAGCGUUCGCACAGUCACCCACACGACAACCAGUUCUUGGAAAAGCAAUCUUGAACUAAACUUACAAGUUACUUACAAGCCACCUGGAAUGGAAUUUAGUGCUGGAUACAAGUUUGGAUAUGAGACAAGCACGUCUACAAAAAAUGAAAAAAAUGAGAAAACAUCAAAGCAUUUUACAAUUUCUACUAGCAAAAAUAUCCAGGCCUUUUCUGCUGCCAAAUGGAGAUUUAUCGUUGCAAAAACACGAACUUCAAUAACGUACACAGCUACAAUCAUAGCCAGGUUUUCUACCGAGCUUCAAGGCCUUCUUCGUGGGGGUGAAGGACAGCACGAUACCUACACAAAUUAUCAUAACAAGUAUCAUGGUAAAAAUAGUGGUUCAAAUGUGAACUACAAGUUUGGCAGCUCCAGCGUCCCAUUUUACACAGACCUAAAGCAACAGAGCGAUACAAGUUCACACCCUUGGUUGUGGAACGACUUGAAAAAUGCGCGUCCAGAAUUCCAACAAGUGGUCGACGAUUUGUGCGAUGAGAAUAGAUACGCCUUUCAACUUACUGGCAGGUUUGAUGAUGUUGUUGGUACAAGUGGAGAUUUUACCUGGGAAGCUGUACCAUUAAGUAAACGAUCAGCAGAGAGUUUUAAGCGUGUGCCUGACCGUAUCUUCCAGAAUUCAACGCAUGUCGCUAGGGCUUUGCCUAAUGAUGUUCCUCCAGUUAAACUUGAUCCUCCUUAA